AUGUCCGUCCACCCCACCACCCUCAAGCCCUAUGCCGAGCGCAUCGACCUCCACACCAACCCCACCGCCCGCAGGAUCCUCGAAAUCAUGGACAAGAAGAAGACCAACCUGGCUGUCAGCGUGGACGUGACAAAGGCGGAGGAUGCUUUGGAGGUCGUCAGGAGGGUCGGCCAGAGUGUCUGUAUGGUCAAGACGCACUGCGACAUCAUUGAGGACUUUUCAGAAGACUUUGUCAAGAAGCUCACUGCUCUAUCUGAAGAGCUCGAGUUUGUCAUCUUUGAGGACCGCAAGUUUGCCGACAUCGGCAACACCGUCUCCCUCCAAUACUCUUCCGGCGUCCACAAAAUUGCCUCCUGGUCCCACCUUACCAACGCCCACGCCGUCCCCGGUCCCGGCAUCAUCACCGGCCUCGCCGCCGUCGGCCAGCCCCUCGGCCGCGGUCUCUUGCUCCUCGCAGAGAUGUCCUCCAAGGGCUCUCUCGCUGUCGGCGACUACACCAAGCAGACUAUGAAGAUGGCGAGCGAUGCCGGGCGGGACUUUGUCGUCGGCUUUAUCGCCCAGGGUAGGGUGGAUGAAGGUCAGGAGGGGGAUUGGUUGAUCAUGUCUCCUGGUGUCGGGCUUGCGGCCAAGGGAGACAAGCUUGGGCAGCAGUACCGAACGCCUCGCGAGGUCGUGCUGGAGGCCGGUGCGGAUGUUAUCAUUGUUGGCCGAGGGAUCUAUGGUAUCCAGGGUGGAGAGCAGGCUGUGAGGGAUGAGGCGGAGCGAUACAGGACUGAGGGCUGGAAGGCUUAUGAGGAGAGGUUGGCUCGAAAGUAG